GCCUCGAAUUUGACAGCUUUCGAGUAAUUUGACCUAGAAGAAAAUAAGAAAAAGAAAUCAUUUGAAAUUGGCGCCAUUUAGUCUGAAAUCAUUUUAACAAAAAUAUUAUUUCCCAUAAAAAAUAAUGCGUAUUCUUAAUUCGUGCAUAUUGGAAUUACGUGAGCACAAAGGUAGAAGAUUUCUAUGCCGUCUAAAAUUUGAAAAGUCAUUGGAUGAGAGUUUUAAUACAGAAGAACAGCUUGACUUCCAUUGGUUAGAUAGAUCAGAUUGGAAAACAUUUGACGCUCAAUUGGAUAAGACAAUUAGUAAACUCGAAAAGGGAGUACUCGAAGAGAAGUCUUUUCAGUUAAACGAUGAAAUUGAUGUUAUGGUUUCAAUUUCCUCAACAGCUGUGAGAACAAUUUCUAAGCUUUUAGGUAUUGAAUGUUUGGAAAAGAAAGAUUACCCGGUAUCGUUAAACUGCAUAUUUCAAAGACAAUCUGAAAGAAAAACGAAGAUAAUAUCCGCCAAUGUUUGCAGAGACUCAGAGAACUUCCAGAAAUUAGUUUUAAAUAGUGCUACAAAUGUUGAUACAAGUAAUCGUUAUUGCAAUAUUGCUGAACCAGAUGUAAACUUAAAACAUUUGGAAGAUAGAGAUAUAUUUUCAAACUAUAGUAGUGAUGAUAUCAGUAGCAGUGAAAAAAAUUUGCUAAAAUUUAAAAAUGUCAAGUUGAAGUCGAUUGAUAAGGAAAAGACUAAAAAGGGUCCAUCAGUUAAUAUUAAAGCUUCGCAAGAUGAUGACAUUGGAUUGCAACAAUUUGCCAUACAAAGAAAUAACCAUCGUCCCCAGCGCACGUCGGCCCGAAGAGAAAAAAUUGGUCAAGUGGCCAUCGGCAAACAUGAAUCUUUCAAUUCCUAUGAAGAAAGCGAUGAUUUUAUUGAGGAACCAUCAGUCAAAAUUGGAUUAAAAACGCAAGAAACAUUAUUAAAGGCGAAGCGACAACGAAGUCUAAAGUCAAAUAGUAAUUGGUUGACUAAGAAGCAACCUGAGGAGUUAGUUGUAGCCAAAAAGAAAUCAAAAAUAACUAAAUCCAAGGUAAAAGCGCACAGAUCAUCUGCAAUUAUUACCACUAAUGAUACAGACAUCCAGCAUAGGCAAAACGAACAAAUUAAGGCUAACAAAAAAAUUAAAUCAUUUUUAGAGCAAGUAAUACAGGUGCCCAAGGAGGUCAAAGUUUUAACUCUCAACCAUAUGGGGGGUGACGAAAUUUUAAACACUUUUCCGAAAUAUAAAAAUCAGCUUGACGCUGUUUUUAAUGAACUACGGUCGAAACCUAAAGUAUCCGGUUACAAUGGAAUUAACCACUUUUCAGUUAUUGAACUAAUAGAUAAUGAAAAACAAUUGAAAAUUAUGCACAAACUCGGAGAAGUAUACGAAAAAGACGGAGAUGGCAUAUCCAUGUAUCCAAUGCUUUUUGCGAACGCCUUGAUGCCCGAGUGGUUAGUAAAUAUAUUUAAGGAUAAGUACAAUUUUUCCUACAGCGAAGCAGUGACUCAUUUAAACAAACAGCGGCUUUACAUGCAAUAUAUGGCUACAGAUGAUAAAUAUUAGCAAAUAUAAUUUUUUUCUUGUAUUCGUUAUCAAUCUAGGGAAAAAUAAUUAUUUCGUAUAAAUUUACACUACACAAGUCUUACAAAAACACGGCUUAUGGUGGUUGUAGAGAAUAAUAGUUUUGAUUUUAUUGAAGAUAAUGUUAUAAUAUAUAACAUACUAAAGGACUUAAAAUAGAGAGUAAUUAUAAGUCUUACAGUUGGAUUGGUCAUGGUCUAAAACUAAUUAAAACUUUUAAAAAUACUUUUGGUUCAUGGGGGAAAUAUCCGAAAAUAAACCGAAAGGUAAAAAUAAACAAAUAUUAGAGCCUUAAUAAAUAAGAAAUAUAAGAUAUCCUUGCUGUAACAUUAGAAAUAGGAAAAUUCAUAAUUUUGCGCAAAUCGACUCGCGUGUUCAGUAAUUUUGUUUAUAACUUAACCCACCAGAAUAUUUUAAUUACUCUUUAUCCUUUUUUUUUUUUAAUUAAGGUAGGCCUCAAUUACAGGUUUAUAUUUUAAUCAGUUUUUUUGUACAAAUACAUAGAAAAGUGAAACAUUUGUUGAGUUCGUAAAUUAAAGCCUCGAAACUGAA